GUUGCACUGUUUGUCAUUUAGAAGAUCCAACGGUUAAUGGUAAAGCUGAAAACAUGUUUAGUUAUAUUUUAAGUUCGCUGGAAUCCGAUUCAAGGUUUGUCAUGUAGCUUGAAUAUCUCUCCAACCCAACAUCCAGAGAUCUGAAUUAAUAUUUUUGAGGAAAUGGAGGCGCGCUUCGGGAAAGAAUUGGCGUCUGCGGUGGAAGCCGCUCUCCGAGCGGCCGUGUCCGUUUUCAGCGACGUGUGGGCCGAAGAGGCGCGAAACUCAGACCUGGAAGAAGGGAAGUUGGGUGAAAUCCAGGAGAUAGAGAGAUUCCUGGUUGCUCAGAUCCAGAAAGUGUUUUCGGAGCUGUGGGAGGAAAACGAGGCUCUGCGGGCCAAAGUAGAGCAGCUGGAGGAUGUGCUGCAGAGGAAAGCCGGGCGGCUGGAGCAGGAGCUGGAGGCCAGAGUGGGUCAGCUGGGCAGAGACAUGGAGCUGCUGGAGAAGGAGCUGAAAACUAUCAGCGAGGCCCCCAAUAAGAGCCAACAAGAAGGGCCUGGACAUCUGGAGGACGAGACAACAACAGGCGGAUCUGCAGCCCCAGAAUCAGAUGAGAAAAACUUCCCCCUGACCUCUGAAGGCUCAGAGGUCAUCCCCUCUUCCCCGGAUCAGUCAGUGACCAUCUCCACCCCUGCAGCAGCAGCUCGGAUGGUGUUUGUCGGCUCGCUUCCCUCCGCUGCCACCGUCCUGCUGGUGGGGGCCAAUGAAGUGGUCACCCAGACCUUAAUGUCUACAUCAGUGGUAACAGAAACAGAAGUAUUGGAGCUGAGACCUGGAACUCCUCCUGAGUUCAUGCCGGAAGACGCUGCCAGUCCCGCCUCCAGUAACCUCGGUGUUCUGGACUCUGCAGCAGAAAAGAUGCCUCAGAAAUCACCUGAGGAGGAACCGUCUGGAGGUACAAAGUGUGCUUCGAGGACGGCUGAUAAAACUGAAGAAGUUUCAUCUAACAACACAAAUGAGGAGACACGGUUCCAGCCAGACGGAAUGCAGGGGAGAAGCCUGAGGAGAACGGCCUCACAGGCAGGAAAGCGCUUCUUCUGCGAGCAUUGUGACACUGGUUUCCACUGGAAAGGAGACCUGAAGAAACACAUGAAGUUCCAUAAAAAGCCUUUUCCUUGUGAGCAGUGCAGCAAAAGUUUCACAGAGAGCGAGGCUCUCGAGAGUCACCUUCUGAGUCACGAGUCCACGAAGGCCACGCUGCCGUUCCCCUGUCCUCAUUGCAAGAGGUCGUACAAGAAAGAGGAGUCGCUUCAGAACCACCUCCAAUGCCACCAGACGUCAAAGACGCCGAAGCCUUUCCCUUGCGAUCAGUGCAACAAAUCGUUCAAAGCUCAGCAGUCUCUGGAAAACCACCUCCUUCGCCACGAGAAGUGGAAGCAGCAGUUCAAGUGUCACUUGUGUGAGAAAACCUGCAAGACGGCGGUCCAGCUGAGGUCCCACAUGGCCGUGCACUCAGAGGAACGGCCGUUCAGCUGCGCGACGUGCGGAAAAGAGUUCAAGAGCAAAGACACCCUCCGCUUCCACCAGAUGGUCCACACUACCUCCAAAAAAUACAAAUGCACCAUGUGUGAGGAGUCCUUUAAGUACGCCCACUCACUGACCGUACACAAGAGGAAGCACACCGGAGACAGUCCGUUCGUCUGCGACGUCUGCAACAGGUCCUACAGAACGGGCACGGCUUUGAAAAGACACAAGGUGAUUCACACGGGGGAGAAACCUUUCACCUGCCACAUUUGUGGAGCGAGGUUCAACCUCAAUAACAACCUGAAGAGGCAUCUGCGCAUCCACACAGGCGAGAAGCCGUUCACCUGCAAGGACUGCGGAAAAAGCUUCUCGGACAACAACAAGCUCAAGUCCCACAUGCUCAUCCACGGCGCCAGGAAGCCCUUCAUGUGCGACCUCUGCGGGAAGACCUUCCUCUUCAACUGCAGGCUGCAGAUGCAUCAGAGGUACGUCCACGCCGACAACUCCCACGGAUCGGACAGCGUUUUCCAGAACAGACGGCCCAAGUCGCUGGUCAAACCGUUCAGCUGCAAAACGUGCCUGAAGGGCUUCAGCGCGGCGUGCUCACUCAAGCUCCACGAAAAAGGCCACAGCGAGCACAAGGAGUUUAACUGCAGCAUCUGUGGGAAGGCCUUUCACAACAAAUACUCCUUCAGCUACCACCAGCGCAGCCACUCGGGGGACAAGCCCUUCAUCUGCGACGUUUGCGGAAAGAGCUUCUUCCACAGCGCCAGCCUGAAGCAGCACGAGCGGAUUCACACGGGCGAGAAACCCUACAAGUGCGACCAGUGCGGCAAAGAGUUCAGGACGGAUGGAAACUUCUACAGGCACAUGAGGAUCCACACGGGGGUGAAACCGUUCGAAUGCAGCUACUGUCAGAAGAAGUUUCACCAGUCCAAUCAGCUCAAAUCCCACCUGCAGGUUCACACUGGCCAGAAGCUCUACUCGUGUCAGCAGUGUGGGCGGGGCUUCUCCGAUUCAAGGCAGCUCAAGAAGCACAGCUGUGACGUUCUGUAGCGUCAAACUGGGUUCUCAUGUGGGAUUGAGCUUGAACAGAUCUCUAUUUUAAUAAACUUGAUGAUUUGAGCAGUAGUUUCAUAGCACCAAAGGGAUGUUUGUUGUUUUUUUUUUUAACAUAACUGCUACUCUGCAAAGGCAUGUCAUCACAGUUAAUAUUUAAGUGAUAAAUCACAAACCAUCCAAAUACAUCUAGCCAGAGGCAGCAUGAAGUGGCAUUUGAAACUGUGUUUGAGGAAACUUUUUAAACAUUAAUCUUACCCAUUUAUUGUUGCAGUUCUCAUCAUGGAUUCAGAGCUGUUCUUUCAACUUUUAAGAAUUUUACAGUGAGCUGGAGUUUAAGUGUAAUUUAUUUUCCUAAUUCAUUACGAAAAACAAAACAUUGGUUUCAAAACUAUUAUUUUUGUAAAAGAAAAAUGAAAGCUUUAAAUGAUUUGUAACAUAGAGUUCUCUGUGACAUGACAGCAAGUAUAUUUCUUCCAAAUGUACAGAUUUUUGCCGAUAAAUAGAUGAAAUGGAAACUUUUAUUUUGAAAAGAUUUUCCGGAUUUAAUUCCAUUUCCGGUAGUAGGGUCCUGGACUAGCUUCAUGUUUAACUGCCAGGUUAUCAUAAUAAAAUAAAGAAUUAAAAAUGGGUGAAAGCUCUGUUUUUCUCUCCCAAGUGAAAGCCAUUAUAAAGAUUAUUUUAUCGACGGCGGUUGAUGUUCUCGAUGUUUCACACGAAGGAGAAAAAACGAAGCAAGUUUGGAGAAGCAAGGAAGAUUUAAUGGACUUCCUGACUGAGGAGGCAUCCAGAAAGAUCAGCAGCGUUUUCUCCCAGCUCUCCUUGUUGCUGCUCAAUGAAAACUCUGCCCUGAAGGCGCGGCUGGAGCAGGUGGAGGCUGAGCUGAGGAGCGUGUCUGAAAGUUUGGAAAAUGCCAGGCUGUGGAGGGAGAACGUGCUGAACGGCUGCCCUGUGCUGUUUGAGCAGAGCGGCCUGAUCUUCACCCUGAAGCCACUCGGGAGGCUAAACAGGAAGACGGACGACGCCUCGCUGGGGGGCGUAGAUCCUGCUGCAGAAG